AUGGCGGACCAAAUUGCCGACGCGGUCGAGUCGUACGAUCCAUCCGCAUCCUCCAUCCUGAACAAACUGCCGGGCAAACGCAUCGACGCCUACAUCCGCAAAGUGUCCAGUCGAGGCAUCCCCGAGCAAGGCGAGACAACAGGAGGUUAUGCUGAAGACUACGCUCAUCUGUCCCACAUCCCGCUCUUCCCGCUCUACUCGGAAGAGCAACGCAAAAUCCUGGCCAAGAAAUGGGGCGAGACCAGCAAGUGGCAGGACUGGGGCAAGCAGGACUUGGACAUGAAGACCAAGUUGACCAUGAAAGGAAUGGACAUGAUGGGCGGCGGCCAUCUAGGCACCGUCACCGCAACAAAAUGGUUGGUAAGGACCAUAGGUGGCCUGGAGACCAUGGCUGCAAGCGUGGCUGUGGAUCAAAAUCAACUCGUCGUCAUCACGAGAUGGAUUGUUCCUGCCCGACAAGGGACGCCUUGGCUUGUUGACGUAUUCGAGCAUCGAUGGCUGGAUCCGAAUAGCACUCGGGGCAAGAUGUCCAAGGUUUCCGGCAACGCCGUCCUCCUCAAACCGGGCCAACCUACCGAUACCAAGGUGACAUUCAAGGUUUUCGACAACGAGGCCAAGGGUAUGAAGAGCCAGAAGACGUGGUCGAAAAAGCGCGGAAUAGAGGCCUCGUGCGACGCAGUCAUCCUGGUCGAGGGAGGAGUAGACGUCCCCUUGGAGAUGGUUGCGCGCUUCCAGCGCGUGUGCAGUGUUUUCGAGGGCCGAGAGAUGCAGAAGCGGUUUGAGGAUCAGUGGAAAGUUCCGAUUCUACGUUGA